UAGAGGUAGGGUGUAGGUGUCCCUCGCUCCGGCCCUCGCUAAGUGGCCCUGCGUGACGUGACCCCGCACGCCACAGCCACAAGCCAUGCACUAAACAUGUCUGCACAUCUUUGACAGUUCUCGCUCUUUGAACCGACAGGUGGGGCACGCAGUGGACACUUAUAAAAGUUUCCCCAAAGUUCUCUCGCUUCCCUAUGAAGUGUUUGGUGACGACAGGAAGGCGUGCUCGAGCUGACGCUGCUUGAGGGCACCGCUGGCCACCCAGGACUUGGCGAGGCAGCGCACUCAGGCCAUGAUGAGUCCCCGCUGGCUAUGCCCUGAAGGAGGCGAGUGAGAAGCCGCGCCAAGGUAGGUCAAGGGUCGCGCCUGCCUCGCCGCCACUUCAACCAGAGGGAAUCUGAAGAGCGCUGAAGGUUAUUGUCUGUGUUCCGGGCGGCGCCGUGGACGAGGUGUGACUCUGUGUGAGCCACGAGCCGCUAAGUUAGCCGGUGUGAGCCAGGCCAGGCCGCCCCCGCAGCCAUGGCGUGUGGGCGGUGGCGUGGCGCCUGGGUCCUCGCUGCCACGCUUCUUAUCCAAGGCGGUGUCACCAUUCGGAUCACACGAGUCAAGGUGCCACCAACGCUGGAGGUGGGCGGGGCGGGGGAGCUGGAGUGUGUGUGGGAGGAAGAGCGGGACCACAUCUAUUCCAUCAAGUGGUACCAGGGACCACAUGAGUUCUACAGGUACACGCCGACUGCGCCACACCCAGUGCAAAUCUUCGACCCUCCAACCCUCGAUGUGGAUCGGGAGCGAUCGUGGGAGGGCAUCGUGCGGGUCGCCAACGUGAGUCUUGCCGCCGAGGGACUCUUCCACUGCGAGGUGUCUGCUGAUGCCCCGACCUUCCACACAGCCUCAGACAGCGCCAGCAUGAAAGUGGUUGACCUUCCUGACUCAGCGCCACUCAUCAAGGGGGUAAGAGUGCAAUACCUCCCGAGUGACUGGGUGGACCUUACCUGCACUUCUGGACGCUCAAGACCCGCCGUCACCCUUGCCUUCACCCUCAACGGCGCCCCGGUUUCAGAGAGCUGGUUAGAGCCUCCGGAGAACAAGAAGGACCAGGACGGCCUCACCACCUCCUCCCUGCGCCUCAGGUUCUCCCUACAGUCCAGUCUCCUGCGGGAGGGUGAGGGACACGUGACCUGUGUAGCGGAGAUCCCUCACUCUUACCGCCAGGAAGCCCACGCGGUACUCACCACACGCCCGCCCUACCACGCCUCAGUACUGGGCGCCGGACCCACUACAGGUGUCAGACCCACGGCGGCCUCCACCUGCCUGCUCGUGGCCGUGUCUUCCCUCCUGCAGUGUCUCCUUCAGCGUCUCUGAGUCCCCGCUGAGUAGAUGAGUCGCCAGUCACGUCCUCAACUCGUCAGCGGACAACCCCCAAGUCACGGCUCAUCUCAGUCACGUCAGUCAUGUCACCAGUCACUCAUUCACGCAACCACUCACUUGUUACAUCUCUCACGCAUCACUCACUCAUCACUGUUCAUAUUGAUCGGUGUGUAACGUUACUCAUCCAUUCUUGUCCCGUGAGUCUCCUGUACCUUCACUCAUGAGUCAUAUUCAUUUCCUUACGCGAAUUUUCUUACCUGAUCUCGAUUACUUGCAAGGUUUUCCCAGGUGAACUCUAAGAUAACCAGUAUUUAUUUUUUAUUUCUUGAUAUAGUGUGGAAAAAUUAAUACAAGGAAGGAAAUUAUACUGAAAUGUGUAGAAAACGAAAAGCAAAACAAUUAAUUACAAGGCAUGACCUACAAGGCGGCAUUCCCAGGUGAACUCGAAGACAACUUGUAUUUUGGGGGAUUAUAAUGUGGAAAAUAAAUACAAGGAUAAAAAAAAUAUUCUGAAAUCUGUAAAAAACGAAAAGCAAAACAAUCAAUUACAAGACAUUACAAGGCAUUCCCAGGUAAAAUCGAAAACAACUAGUAUUUCUUUCAUUAAAAUUCGGAAAAAUAAAUACAAAAUGGAAAAAUAUAGUGAAAUAUGUAAAAAAUGAAAAGCAAAACAAUUAAUCUCUUCAGUACU